AUGAUGGCAGUUAUUAUUAUAGAUAUAGAAAUAGAAGCAGAGUUGAUAUUAAUAGUUCAAGUAAGGAUCUAUAUAAUAUAUAUUAUAUAGGUUCAUGUUUUAAUAAUGAUGAAACCAAUCAUGAGAGAAACUAAAGAAUUCGGCAAGGAAGUAUGUGAUAUGAAAAAAGUAAUCCAAAAAUUAAUCAUUUAAAUGAUUAUUUUAGUCUUUGACAUUUAAUAUCCAAAGAAUUGUAUUUAUGUGUUCAAUUUCUAAGAUCACUGCAGUUCAAAGAUAAUAAAUAAAGUAUUUCUAAAGAGGCCAAAAUUAUGA